UUAGGGGAAGGAGGGGGGAGGAGAAGUUUCCUGUGUGUGUGGAGAGAGGAGCAGGGGUGAGGACGCUGGUGCUGGGCUUGUUUUUCACUCAUCAGCUGCUUGUUUUUAUUUUAGAGUUAGCAACAUUGGACACAACACAUUUCAGUGGAGGCGGCGGGAGAGGAGGUGACGGUGACCGGCAGUGAGGUAAAUUAAGGAGCUGGAGUCCCACUAAGAAUAGAAGACAGGGCUGCAGAAAGAGAUGGGAAAGGCUCCUUGUUCCCUGAUCUAGAAAACUAAAGAUAUAAUUUCUUCUUUAGCUUCUGAAUGGUUCAAAGAAACGAUUUUCAUUUUAUGGAUAGAAGUUUUUAUCCAUUACAUGAUGAGUCUCACAGGAGAGAGACCACAUCUGUGUUCUGAGUGUGACAGAAACUUUACACAUAAAUCACAUCUUAUCAGACAUCAGAGGAGUCACACAGGAGAGAGACCAUUUAUAUGUUCUGAAUGCAGCAAGUGUUUUUCCCAGAAGUCAUCUCUUGUUAUACAUCAGAGGAGUCACACAGAAGAGAAACCAUUUAUUUGUUCUGAAUGCAGCAUGUGUUUCUCCCAGAAGUCGCAUCUUGUUAUACAUCAGAGGAGUCACACAGGAGAGAAACCAUUUAUAUGUUCUGAAUGCAGCAAGUGUUUUUCCCAGAAGUUAUGUCUUCUUAUACAUCAGAGGAGUCACACAGAAGAGAAACCAUUUAUUUGUUCUGAAUGCAGCAAGUGUUUCUCCCAGAAGUCGCAUCUUGUUAUACAUCAGAGGAGUCACACAGGAGAGAAACCACAUCUGUGCUCGGAGUGUGACAGACGCUUUACAUGUAAAUCAAAUCUUAGCAGACAUCAGAUGAGUCACACAGGAGAGAGACCACAUCUGUGUUCUGAGUGUGACAGAAGCUUUACAUGCAAAUAUAAACUUAUCAUACAUCAGAGGAGUCACACAGGAGAGAGACCAUUUAUAUGUUCUGAAUGUAGCAAGUGUUUUUCCCAUAAGUCAUUUCUUAUUCGAGAUCAGAUGAGUCACACAGGAGAGAAAUCAUUUAUAUGUUCUGAGUGCAGCAAAUGUUUUUCCCAUAAGUCACAUCUUGUUAUACAUCAGAGGAGUCACACAGGAGAGAAACCAUUUAUAUGUUCUGAGUGCAGCAAGCGUUUUUCCCGGAAGUCACAACUUGUUAUACAUCAGAUGAUUCACACAGGAGAGAAACCAUUUACAUGUUCUGAAUGUAAGAAGUGUUUUCCCCAGAAGUCAGAGCUUGUUAUACAUCAGAGGAGUCACACAGGAGAGAAACCAUUUGAAUGUUCUGAAUGUAGGAAGUGUUUUUCCCAGAAGUCGCAUCUUGUUAUACAUCUGAGGAGUCACACAGGAGAGAAACCAUUUACAUGUUCUGAAUGCAGCAAAUGUUUUUCCAGGAAAUCACUUCUUAUUAUACAUCAGAGGAGUCACACAGAAGAGAAACCAUUUACAUGUUCUGAAUGUAGCAAGUGUUUUACUAGAAAGAAAACACUCAGUAAUCACAUGCAGAGUCACUCUGAGGGCCUGAAUGCAGCUUGUGUAUCAUAACUAAUGUAACUUAUCACAACUGUAUGAAUUCAAUGGAACCAAUAUUUAUUUUCUGAAUGUGACAAGUGUUUUAUAUAAAUCUGUCUUGAUAAAGACAGGAGAGGUCAGACAAGUGGACCUGGAGGUACUUUUCCCCUUGGGAAGGUCUCUGUGUUAGGAACUAGAGCUGCAGUAUAACAAUAGCCAAUGACCGUGGGACUGCCAUUACUGAGCUCUGUAAUAUACAGCGUUCUGAUCAUGCAGGUGCUGGGACUAGUAGAGAGUUCCAGCAGCUCCUCUCAGUACUGGGAUUCCUUCUCUGACCAGCAGGGCUAUGAGUGCUGGGUAUUUCUACAGGAACAAUGUAUGCUGCUUUGUUUCACCGUAUGGGUUAUUGUACGGGGUGUUAUUUUUAACCACUUUUAGAUGCCAUUUUGUCCAUGUUUAACUCCCUUUUGUAUGUGUAUGACCUCAUUGCUUUAUAUACUGUACAUACUUUUUAUUAGGAUUAGUGCUUUGCAGACAUAUAGGCACCAGUUAGAAAUAAAGUCUCACGUUAAGUUACAAGUUUUCUUUCACCUUUGACAUAGUGUGAAAGACAUAGUGAGUGGGAAGUGUAUACAGCUUUUAGGGUGGUUGAUUAUAAUAAAUAAAUGUUCCUGUUAUCAGUAUCUCAGAUGGAAACUGUCUAGUAAGAUGUUUGGGGUAUUGUGUACAUAAGUAGGGGAAAGGGUACAGUUGUCUAGAAUAACAUAAAUUAUGUUAUCCUGAAUGACUACUGCACCCAGCGUCACAGACCCUGAAUGUAAUAUCUGGUAAGACAAUGUUAGUGUAUCCUUGCAGGGUUAUAAAGCCUAGAGACUUGCACAUAGCAAGUAGUUCUAAUGGAAGCUAGGUAUGGCUGCAGCGGACCUAGACUUCUACAAACCCCCUCCAGCUUUUAACUUGCAACAAAGUUAUUAGGCGGGACCCAAGAGAAUGACUGAACUACAUUAAACUACUUAGUUAAUCGAUGACCAUCAUCUGGGACAGAUCUUAUAACAUCUGGGAUAAGAGCAGAGUGUAUCUGAUUUCAUUAUUUUUGGCUCUUCACAAGAUAUCUCCCAUGAUAAGAGAUGUGAAUAAAGAAAAGAGAGUGGAACAGGCACGGCGAUGGAUUGAGAGUGGUGAAACAUUUCAUGAUGUCAUUUUCACAGAUGAAUCGUCUGUUGCCCUUGAGCGGUUCUCCAGAAUGUCAUUCCGGAAACGUAACCAUAUCAUUAAAACCAUGCCCAAAGCAUCCAUUGAAAGUCCAUGUAUGGGGAGGCAUAUCACGAUUAGAAGCUGGUCCCCUAUUAUUUUUCGAAGGGAUCAUGGAUAAGACAUUUUUCCAAGAAACAAUAGUAGAGGGAUGUAUGGUGCCAUUUGUGAAUAAAUAUUACCCAACUCACCAUAGGAUAUUCCAAGACAAUGAUCCUAAACACUCCGCCUCAGCCAAAUUUAUGGAAGAGAAAGGUAUGAAUUGGGAACGCACACCACCAGAAUCACCAGACAUGAACCCAAUCGAAUUAGUGUGGGCUCAAUUGAAGAGGUACAUUAGGAGUGUUGCGAAGCCAACAACAAAACAGCAGCUGUUGGAUGGGAUAAAGAAAUUUUGGCUAGAAGUACUCACACCUGAACAUUGUAAUAAUUAUAUAAAUCACCUGUAUAAAGUAUUACCUGUUAUAGUCGAAAGAAAUGGUCAAGCCACAAAUAUGUAGUUCUGUACUGUAUUUUCUGUUUAAAAUUUUAAAUUGGUGCAUUAUUAAAAAUGUUUAUAAAAUU